GGCAAUAGAGAAACAUUGUCCUUCUCCAAGUAUCUACUGUAGCUAGCUAGGUACUCCCGAACUGUCUGUGUUUGUUUUAAGAGAGUGCUGCUAAACUGUAACAUUCCAAAUGUUGAUCCCCUCGAGUGAUGGUAAUAGCUUUUUUUUCUAGCAUUCAUUGAAGACUGAGGAGCGUAGCGACAGACAUAUUUUAUGUAUCACAACUGUGAUUGACAGCGAGCGAGUUUGUUUUGCUAGCGAACUAGCCAUCUCUUCCGUGGAAUCUCGGAUAAACCAGCAAAUUAGCAGUAACUCGCUAGUUUAUGUAGCACCUGUGGAAAAGGUUACUCGAGGGAGCUAAUGACAACAUCGGCUGGGGUAAUGGGUCUGCUGUCUUGAAACAUUAACUUGGAAUACGAUGCCUGGCUUGCUGGCUAGUAGGAUAGGAACUGGAUAGGAAGCGACAAUGUGAUGCAGUGAUUUUGCUACGGAAUUCCCCACGGCAGUAACGUUGCCCGCUUGCACUGCGAUAUCGCUUGCACAAUCGCCCCUUUAAAUUAACAGUGGACUUUUUGGACUGUUGGUGUCUGAAAUCCAUGCACAGGGCACAACCUAUACGUCAAGUAAACAAACAUUAGUGAUACUGAUGCAAAUAAUUGAACAGUGGAAAUCUGAAUAAGUGAGACCAUAAGAGAAUUCACUGAAACGGAGCAGCAAAUCACAUUGACGCUCACUGAUGCGCCCUUGUCCAAUAACUUGCAAUGGCAAUUACAACUUGAAGACUGGGACCAUUUGCAUACCAUAUUCGGUUGGAAGUUUAAAGCAGUAAAGAGAAGAGCGUUCUCCCCAUUGUGCCUCAUUACAGACUCAAAUACCUACUGCAAUGGAGGUGGUAGGUGGGGGAAAUGUGCAGAAAGUCACUCCUUUAGCUAGAGAAUUAUCCCGACUCUUCAACAGCUACAAUAAACACUCCAUACAACUGAAAAAGAAUCUGAAGGAGACCAACGCAUUUUUCCGGGAAAUAAAACGCAACUACAGUAACGCCUGCGCAUCGGCCGCCAGCUCGGAGGCAGCUGCUCUGGAGGCAGGCCAGCUGAGCUGCAUCUCCUUCCGGCAUGAGGAGGAGUUCCUGCAAAGCAACGUGGGCAGCGUCCUCUACAUCGUGGUACUUGGUCAGGACUGUGCCGCGCGCUACCAGCUGCUCAACUGCCUGCUGGGGGAGCGGCUCUUGCCCCUGGGGCCUGAGGCGGGCGAGGCCUGCGAUGGCGUCCAGGGCACCUCCUGCAAGAGGAGAAAGCUGUGCUUCACCCACGGACGCCAGACGCGACUCAGCCUGGCGCUGCCCGGCCAGUAUGAGCUGGUGCACCAGCUGGCGGCCCACUGUGGGCGCUGGGAUACGGUUCCCCGGGAGGACCUGGAGAUCCAGGAGGAGUGUGAAGACCCCGCCCACAGGCUGGCUGAGCUGGAGAUCACCCUGCACCACCCUCUGCUACAGGAGGCGAAAAUCAUGGUGGUGCCAUGCCCCAGUGUCCAGCCCAUUGAGGAGGCCCUAGAGGACUGUACGCGUAACGCGGUUCCCAUCAUGCUCUACGCCCUCAACCAGGACACCCUCACUGCCGAACAGGUGGCCGAGCUAAGGAAAGUCAAAGAGAUGCUCCUCUUCCCCAUCUGCUUCGUCCGUAUCCCUGCGACUCCGCCCGAGGCCUCCCCCGAGCCCAGCCGGCGCCUAGAGAGGGAGAGGAGCCCCCUCUACAAGCAGCUGCUGUCCCUGGGCUUCCUCAGCACUCCGGUGGGGAACUGUUCCUGCGGAGCCCCCUCCCAGACGCCUAGCCCGGCCGUCAAGCCCCAGAGUGUCCUGGGGGAGACCUUUGAGAGGCUGCACCGCCUCCUGGUGACCUUUGCCCGCCAGGUGCUCCACAACCAGCAGGUGGAGGUUGCGAACUUGCUCAAUGGGGUGCACUGCCGUUGCCUUGACCUCUUCAUCAACCAGGCAUUUGACAUGCAGAGGGACUUGCAGAUCACACCGCGGCGGCUGGAGUACACACGGGAGAAGGAGGGCGAGCUGUUCAUCUCCCUGAUGGCCAUCGCCAACCGCAAGCAGGAGGAGAUGAAAGAGAUGAUCGUGGAGACGCUGAGCAGCAUGAAGGAGCAGCUGCUGGAGGAUGCUGCCAACCUGGAGUUCACAGAUGUCAUAGUGGCGACCAACGGAGAGCCUGUUACCUCAAAAGACAUCAAGUCUUGCAUCCACCAGAUCCAGGAGCUGAUAGUUGUGAGGUUGAACCAGGCGGUGGCCAACAAGCUGAUCAGCUCUGUGGAUUACCUGAGGGAGAGCUUUGUAGGAACCCUGGAGCGCUGUCUAAACAGCCUGGAGAAGUCCAACAUGGAGUCAUCUGUCCACAAUGUCACCUCCAACCACCUCAAACAGAUCCUUAACGCUGCCUAUCACGUGGAGGUGACCUUCCAUUCAGGAUCAUCUGUUACGAGACUCGUCUGGGAGCAGAUCAAACAGAUCAUUCAGAGGAUAACGUUUGUGAACGCUCCUGGCAUCACUACAGAGUGGAAGAGGAAGGUGGCCCAGGAUGCCAUAGAGAGCUUGAGUGCUGCCAAGCUGGCUAAGAGUAUCUGUUCCCAGUUCAGAACACGCCUCAACAGCUCCCACGAUGCCUUCGCUGGCUCCCUGCGACAGCUGGAGGAAGGCCACACGGGGCGGUUGGAGCGUACUGAGGACCUGUGGCUGCGUGUGAGGAAGGACCACGCCCCGCGGCUGGCCCGCCUGUCUCUGGAGAGCCGCUCCCUCCGAGACGUGCUACUGCAUGGCAAGCCCAAACUUGGGCCAGAGCUGGGGCGGGGUCAGUAUGGAGUGGUCUAUCUGUGUGACAGCUGGGGGGGACGCUAUCCCUGCGCUCUGAAAUCAGUUGUACCACCUGAUGACAAGCACUGGAACGACCUGGCCCUGGAGUUUCACUACACCAGGUCCCUCCCUAAACACGAGCGCCUGGUGGACCUGCACGGCUCGGUGAUUGACCACACGUAUGGCGGCGGCUCCAGCAUUGCUGUGCUGCUCAUCAUGGAGAGGCUUCACAGAGAUCUCUACACAGGCCUGAAGGCUGGUUUAUCACUAAAGGAGAGACUCCAGAUCGCUCUGGACGUGGUGGAAGGCAUUCGCUUCCUGCAUGGCCAGGGGCUUCUGCACAGAGACAUCAAACUAAAGAAUGUGCUGCUGGACAAACAGAACCGGGCCAAGAUCACAGACCUGGGCUUCUGUAAGCCAGAGGCCAUGAUGUCCGGCAGCAUUGUAGGAACCCCCAUUCACAUGGCCCCCGAACUCUUCACAGGAAAGUAUGAUAAUUCUGUGGAUGUCUAUGCCUUUGGAAUCCUGUUCUGGUACCUCUGCACUGGCUCUGUCAAACUCCCAGAGUCCUUUGAGAAAUGCUCCAGCAAGGACCAGUUGUGGAAUAAUGUUAAAAAAGGCGCGCGACCCGAACGGUUGGCCAACUUUGAUGAGGAAUGCUGGCAGCUGAUGGAGGCCUGCUGGAAUGGAGACCCUUCCCAGAGGCCACUGCUCGGCAUCGUAGAGCCCAGCCUGCAAAGCAUCAUGGUACGGCUUUGCAAUUGUGGCUCAGAUCAGAAGAGCAGCAGCCUGGAGGACUCAAACUGAAACUCAGAGAGGACCACAGACUGUUGAAAAGGAUUAAUAAAAAACUUUUUGUUGUAUUUAUGGAAAAAUGACAGUGUGUUUCUGGAAGGCCAAUAAUAAAGAUUGUCAAAGACA